GUGUUUGCAGCGACAGGUUCAGGGUCCACUCCAGUUCAGGUUGUUUUAUUGUUUUAAUAUUUUGUAUUUCUGGAUGGAUCCUCAGCCUCCACAGAAGCCGUGGGAGAGGAGGAUACCUGGAGCCAUGAGUGCUCCUGUCAACUACAGGUCUGUAAACUUGGCUCCACCUGCAGGACCCUCAGCCUCUUCUGGCCCCCCAGUGUUGACCAGGAUGGCUCCUCCAGUGCCCCCUCGUCCCGUCCAGCAGUCAUACCGUCCCUCGUACAGCUCCUUUACCUCGUCCUACAGCCCCUAUGGGAGCUCUAUCUAUGGGGGGAGCUCCAUUUAUGGGGGGUACAGUCCCUAUAGCUACAGCGGGGGCUUUGGCAUGGGGGGAUACGGCCGCCUCCCCCUCACAGAGGAAGUGGCGCCCAGCCGGUUUGUGCAGCAGGCGGAAGAGAGCAGCCGGGGGGCGUUCCAAUCCAUUGAGAGCAUUGUGCAGGCGUUCGCCUCCGUCAGCAUGAUGCUAGACGCCACUUUUUCUGCCGUCUACAACAGCUUCAGAGCCGUGCUGGACGUGGCCAAUCAUUUGACCCGACUGCGCGCUCACCUGACCCGUGUUCUAUCUGCCUUCGCUCUGGUGCGCACGAUACGUUACCUGUACAGACGCCUGCAGAGGCUGCUGGGACGGCGCUCUGAUGCUGAGGUGGAGGACCUGUGGGCGGACAGUACCAACGAUGCUCUCAUUUCUGCUGGAGGGGCCGAGCAGCAUACCCCAAAAUCCUGGCCAAUCCUUCUGUUCUUCGCCGUGGUCCUGGGGGGGCCGUACCUCAUCUGGAAGCUUCUUAGCUCAAGCACUGACCCAGUGGAACAAGACUCAAACUGGGCGAGCGGGGAGGACGACCACGUGGUGGCUCGAGCAGAGUUUGAUUUCUCUGCCUCAUCUGACGAGGAGAUUUCUCUGAGAGCAGGAGACAUGAUCAACCUCGCUCCCAAAGAGCUUCAGCCCCGAGUGCGUGGCUGGCUGCUGGCAAGCGUGGACGGUCAGACGAUGGGACUUGUUCCUGCGAACUACGUGAAAGUGCUGGGGAAGAGGAGAGGACGGAGACACGCAGAGGCCGAGAGGCUACAGCAGGGGAACGCACAAAAUGUCACACAGCCACACGCCACAGCCGCAGCUGCUUCCACCCCCUCCUCAGAGGAGCUGCUGGAGCGCGUGUUCACUGAAACUCCAAACUCCAGCCUGCCCGCAAACACAAACACACAGACUCACACACCUGACAACAUUGACCUGUGAUGUGCUUGUGUCUUUCUGUGUGUGUAAACUGUCAGUUUGUCCCUGCAGAAUUUAACCCCAAAUCUCCACAGAGUCUGUUAGCGCUUUGCACUCGAGCAGUCGUUGCUUUUUCACAGUGCAUACAUGAGCUGUCUCUGGUGCAUGCAGUAGCGCUUCUCUGCUGCAGAUACGUGCUGAUUCUAUUUUCAGCAGAGUCUGCUGCCAGCACACAUCAAUCUAUGCAGAUCAGAUCAUCCCAAAUAGGAAAGGGAACACACAGAGCACCCAGUCGGUUUCAAAACACAAUACAAUACAUGGACUCAGGAUUGUAAAUCUCAUCACAACCAGUGGCACAAACCACAAAUCAGUGAGUCAGAGGUUACCGUAGGUUAUAUGACACCAUGGACAAAGAAAAGUUCAUUCUGAAGGUGGAAACUACAGGAUUUUAUUUGACACCCCAUUCCCUCUCUAAAAAACAUACAUUUCAAUUUCCUAUUGUACUCACCCAUAACAGAAUACUAUUAAAAUGAUUGGUGGAUCCACUUUGUAAAGAAUGUAUACAUGUUGUUCUCAUGUUAAAGAUGGUUGUUAUCACACAACCUGGUGAUUUCCUCAUGAUCUUGUGGUCUCAUGUCUCCAGCAGCUCUUGCUUGUGCUCUGCUCCAGAGACAGAUCCAGUGGGUGAGGGUGUGUACCUGGAGAAAAACUGUACUGUGGACUAGUGAUGCCUGUGAUAACCCGGCUGAAUUGUUUUAUCCAGAUCCCUUUGUUGUUGAUAUCAGAAUUAUGAAUCAGUUAAACCAAUUAUUUUUUUUUUAUCAGUCCAGGGCAACAAACCCAGUCAAACACUGCUAGAGCACCAGUUGCAUGUUGUAGGGACAGUGCAGUUUAGCACUAUAUUGAUCUAGAAAAUGAGGAUAAAGUUGUUCAGAGGCCAUGUCGGAUUGUACUCGCAUAUAACUGAAGCACAGAAAUGUUGACCUUAACUUCUAAAAGAAUCGGAUUCCUGUAGUGUAGUGCUAGCACUGCUAACGUUAGCCACAUUCCUCAAACCAACUUUGCAUUGUUAUAAUGUGAUGUUAUUUUACUGUUGCACAGUGAAGUUGGUUUGCAGAAUGUAUUUAUCUUACUUUAGACUAGUUGGCUAAACACUAUUAUGAUUUGGGAGAUUAUAAAUCUAGUACAGUUGCAGAAGAAAUGAGCUAUAUGGAAAUAAUGGGUAAGACUAGAGCCUGACUCUUAUUGACCCAUAUUUUUAUUAUCUGAUCAUAAUUUGUAUGUAUAAUCAGUAAAGCAUUGUUGACAUUGAACCAUAGUUCUUAUUUCAUCAUUCAAACAAUCAAACUCAUCAGGAUAUUCACACCCUCUCUCUCUAACUAGCUCUUUUCAUGAUGCAUUACUGCUGCAGCGCUGUGACAAGCUUUACCAUCGUUCUGCCAUGAGACUUUUAUGUUGAUUCUGCAUUGACAUAAUAUUUUUGACCCCGUCUGCUGAUUCCAACUGUGCUGCACUGUUGCAGAAGUGUGAGAGUGCACAUCACAGUGGGAGCUCCACACACACACACACACACACACUGUCAGAUAUGCACGCAUUCACAGUGCAGCGCUCCCCCGCUGGCUCCGCCCUCUUACUGUAGUCCUGUUUUCUCCCUGUAACGCCUCCGUUUCUACCUCCAAAGCUGGCACAUAUGGGGUGAUCCCUUCAAACCGCCAUUAUGCCUCUAAAAGAUUCAUAUCAACGGGAAGACAUCAUUGGGAUUAGAUAUGCCUUUAGAUGGCAGUGUGAAUAAGCCGUCUUUCUCUGUUAAUCUGUUAGGUUCUUGUAAAUGUGAUUCACAGCUGUUUUCACAUCAUGUCUGAAUUAAUGAAGAGAAGUUUGUUAACAUAAGUAAGCUCAUUGUGUGAGGCAGUAGGGUACUGCGUGUUGAUAUAAUUCUGUACCUACUUUUCUCUCUGUGGAUUCUUUCAUAAUAAGAGAGGGCUAAUUUUGCACACUGUCUGCCAUUAGUCACAGAAAAAUUGUAAAUAUUUAAUUUAAAUAUUUUGAAAAUAAAAAAUAUAUAAAUAGUG